UAUACCGGCGUCAAAAAUACAACUUUUUGGGCCUGGGUUGGAGCUCUUUUGAACGAUAUAAAGCCAUACUUAUUGUGGACGGUGCAGGACGCAAGAGGAACUCUUCCCAGAAUCUGUGUUUGUUGAUGAUGUAGUGAGAACACCCUUGACCCUUGACUCAUACAGGAAGCUGGGAUAUAAAAAUGAGGCUUCUACGCAGGUUUAGGAGAAGCAGCUUGUCAUGUCAGCUAGCAGUGAUAGGUGUGCUGGCUGUGGUUAUCGUUGUGCUGAAAUCACAUCUUCAGGCUGACACCAUCGAUGAGAAGAUCCUACUUCAUAAUCUCAGGAAGGAGUUACAUAGGAUGGAGGGGCAUGAUGUAGGGAAAGAAAAUUCAAGGACAGAGAUCCCCUUAUCAACCAAGUCAAUGUGUGGUAACAUUGAGCCUUGCCCAGUUGGUCAGUUUGCAUACAAGAUACAAACUGGUUUCCAGAAUAAACACAGACCUGAGAUGUGCCUUGAUGAUGACUAUGGAGUAUUUCCGCAAAUUGAAAUGGGAAGAGGGCUCAAUAUAUUGCAUAUAGAUGAACAUACAAAAAAAGUCAAGAGGAAAAGGUCAUUUGACACUUAUUUACAUGGCAAUCAAAAAGUUUCUGAGCAAGUGAGAAAUAGCGCGGAUCUGAUAGCAUUCCUUGAUGGGGUUCCUCCUCGGGAUGUGAUCAUGGCUGUUGUAUUUGAUGAUGCUACCAACCGGUUAGCACCAGAAGCAGUCAGGAUGUUUGAGGACCAUUUUGGGAGUCGACAGGCCCAUGUGCUUGGUUAUCGGUCAAUGUGGGCUUUCAUAGGACAGAAGUACGUCCAGCAUGAUGGGGAACAUGAAAAGUAUACAAUGAAGAAACCAAAUGAGGAAUGGGGAGCGCAAACAAAUGUCCAGGGAUGUUUCUCAAUACCAUUGACUCCAAAGAAAGAGUCAAGCAAGAAUGAAGGUAUGCCAUACCAGAACCUUUGUAUGGUGCCACGAGUCUGUGAGAGUAAUGAGGUCGCUGUUCAUGUUGAGUCGGGUCACCUGUCAAAGAAGGCUAAGAUAUACCCCAAGGUCUGCGUCGAUGGCAAGACGAUUCUGAGUGACCAUAAAAUUGAGAAGGUAAACCCAGCAAAGAGAGGGUUGAAUUUCCUUGUAGUAGACCCAGAGACUGCACAGGUUGUAAGCUCUGGUAGCUUUGAUACAUACGAUUCAGCUCUCCAUGACACAAAGUGUGCUGACUUUCUACGAUCGGUUGGUCCUGGUAUGAUGGUGAUAGGAACAACGUUUGAUGAGGCAUCCAGACAACUUGGUUAUGACACCAAGCGUGAGCUGCAGAGGUUAGGUGCUAUUAAGAUCCAGGACCUUGGCUAUAGGGAGAUGUGGGCGUUCGUUGGUCAGAAGGGUAUCAAAGGACUUACACCCUAUGAGAAGGUCAGUGAAGAUUUCAUCGACGGAUGGGGCGUCAAGGCGGAAAUCUGGCAGUGCAUCCCAAAAUUCAUCAAUGGGACAUCCAUGACCGAUACCAAGAUGGGUCUCAAGAAAAAGACCGAGUUCUGUCAGAAAUACCAUCCAAACUUCCGUGAGAUGUGUUCACCGGUCAACAUCCACCGUCCUGUCGUACCCCUUCAGCUUGAUGAUGAGAGCUUGGCUUCAAAUCCAGCUUACUCUACACCCAUCAUUGUGGUACCAGGAUCUGACCUGGAAGCACUUCAGUUGACCCUUGAGUCUCUGAUAGCAGUGCCUGGCCUUCAGAAUCACCUUGUGGUAGUCGUCUUGGAAGGAAACUUUGCUCAACCUAAUGAGUUAGUUGGAGUUUAUGGCUUCAGAGUUCACUAUAUCAAGGCCAAAUCUCAGUACAUAUACACCCUCCUUUCAGGCAUGGAGGAAGCAAUGGGCCUCUUUCCAAAGAAUGAAUACUUUAUCAUCAUAGAGGAAUAUGUAGAGGUUGCUCCUGACUUCCUGCGGUACUUCUCGCAAACCAUGCAUCUUUUAGAAGAUGAGACGAUACUCUCUAUAUCAGCAUGGAAUGAACAUGGAUUUAAGCACACAUCAGGAGACACAGGAUUACUCUAUAGAACUGAUGUUUUCCCAGGAUACGGAUGGCUGCUGAGGAGGACUGUUUGGAAGAAUGAAAUCAAGAAGAAUGAAAUGACCUGUUGCGUGGAUCAGACAUGGAGAGGAUGGUUGAGAGAUGAUAGUAGGAAGAAAAGAGAGUCCAUCGUACCUGACGUCUCAAGGGUCAAAAGGUCAAUCAAACCAGGCAUCUACGAAGACAGGCCUUUCUUAGAAGAGUAUCUCUCAAAUAGGACCAUGACAAGUGACCCCAGCACUGAACCAUCGAGGGCAUUCUACCUCAAGCAAGCAGAGUAUGAGAAUUAUAUCAAACAACUCAUCAAAGAAGGGAUACCUUUAGAUCGUAAUCUAUUAAUUGGAUGUGAGACCGUUGGCAAGACAUCAUUGAAUCUGUCAGAGUUUUCAAGAGGAGCAUAUACAUUAUUCUAUCGUCAAGACUCAGCGACAGAUUACAGGGUAUUGGUCAAGCUUUCUAAAUGUCUUGGAAUAUACAUUUAUAAUGAUGACACAGUAAGAGGAUUACACAACGGUGUACUCAGAUUGGUAUACCAAGGCCAGCAGUUGUUAUUGAUAGGAACCAAGUCACCGUACUACCAGUACAAACCAAUUAAUGCUGUACCCUAUUAGUGACCACACCCACCACCACCACCCUCCUAUUCUUGAAGUUUAACAUUCGCCAUUCUGCUAAAAGUGACCCCUCCUUGCAGACAUUGACACUACCAACUUUCUUGAAGGGGUAAACUUCAUUCUAAACCUUCAAAGGGGGAUAACAUGUGUACCCCUCUUUAGUGGAGGAGCAUCGAAACCAUCCUAUCUAGGGGUAACUCUGUCACCUUUUCCUUCAAAGGGGGUAACGUGUGUACCGCUCUUUAGUGGAGGAGCAUCUUUCACCCUCAUAAUUAGGGUUAACAUCAUUACUUUAACACAAGGAUGAUACCUCUACCAUGUAUCUUAAUGGCAGCAUCACAGUCCCACUGGGGUGUACCUUCAACCUCCAUUUGGAAUAUCUCUUCUCCCUCCCUCCCUCCCAUGAAAUGGAGGUACAUCUUCUUACUCUGGACUCAAGGAAGGGACAAGAUGGAUAUCACUAUCUUCUUCUAUUGAGCUGAAUUGGGUUGGUGCAGCUUCAAUGUCGGGAAGUCGAAAAGAGUUUUUAAAGCUUGAAGAAUACGAGGUACCUUGGUGACACAUGACUUGUGAUAUUAGCAGGCAUCUGAGGAGAGUGAAGAGUAGGUGGAGAUUUGUUUUGGAAAUGAAGGCUUUCAGAAUUUAUUCUUAUGUAACACUUCAUUAUCUUCUAUAGAAUUCAGGGUAUUUGUGUCAUGCGACGUCUGUUUCGUGAAAUUUGAUGUACUAUUUAUCAUUCAAGUGCCAUAAUGUGAUGUUUAAGACUGAAGCUCUUGAAAGAUUGUCAUGAAAAAUUUUGUUAGUUAACAUAAUAACUCGUCAAAGGAGGUUUUAUUUUUUAGCGUAAUUCUUCAGUUUCUGUUCAGGGUUGAUGAUUGGCUGACAAUAAAGCAAUACAUCAUAAAAUGUUAGUAAUCUAAGUCCAAAUAACAUAGAACAUGUUAUCGAUUUUGCAAUUAAGCGUAACUUAAGUCUAUGGCAAACCAUGCCAAAAAUUGAAAAUAUCAUGAUGAAGUCGUUCAUCGGUUACAAGCGAUUUUAAGAACGACUGGUGAUCCUUUUGUAGUAAAGUGAUUCACACCGCAUUUCCAUUGGCGUUGAUUUAAGUCCUAGGAAAGGGUCAUCUGUCGUUCAUAAAGUUUAUUGUAACUUAACAGCUUAAUGAAACACCCACCUGGUAAGUAUAGAGACGUUAUAAGCAAACAAGUACUGUAAAUGGAUCAAGGAGAAAUUUAUUUAUUACUUGCUCUAACUUUAGGCAUUACAAAUUUUGCUGUUCUAAAUGCAAUGUUUCUAACUCUGCCAAAGUACAUAAAAAUAUAGUGAAUGAACUUUAAAUUGUGAGGUGCGCUUUUUUACGCGAGUGGUUAGUUUUGGUAGCUGGGGUCCAUUGCAUAAACCUUGCAUUCAAGCUUCCUUAAUGUGCACUUAUGAAUGGCUGAAAUCAAGUCAUGUGCGAUGGGCUGGGGUCACAUG